GGAAGUUGCACAGUUAUGUCCCCUGCUGUUCAGUGUUUCCUGUGCCAACUACAAUAGCGAGAAAACAUUACAUCACAGCUCCGCUCAGUUAUUACAGAUAAGUAAUUAUGAUGUCAUCAAAGCGAAUUAACCCAACAGCCACAGCCAGACUCAAGCAAGACUACCUGCGCAUCAUCAGGGAUCCUGUUCCAUAUGUCCAGGCUGUACCUUUGCCAUCAAAUAUUUUGGAAUGGCAUUACGUUGUAACAGGGCCAGAAAAUACACCAUAUGAAGGAGGCAUUUACCAUGGAAAACUUGUGUUCCCUCGAGAAUUUCCCUUUAAACCUCCAAGUAUCUACAUGAUAACACCAAAUGGAAGGUUUAAGUGUAACACAAGAUUAUGUCUGUCAAUAAGUGACUUCCACCCAGACACAUGGAACCCAGCUUGGUCUGUCUCUACCAUCCUUACUGGACUUCUGAGCUUCAUGCUGGAGAAGAGCCCAACAUUAGGCAGUAUAGAGACAUCUACAUAUACAAAACGACAGUUAGCAGCACAGAGUGGGCAGUUUAACCUUAACAAUAAGCUUUUCUGUGAACUCUUCUCAGAAGUAGCAGAGGACAUUAGAAAGGAGCUGCGGCAGAGGGAUGAGGAGAUAAAACAGUCGAUGGACACGGCAAUCACACGAUCUUCAUGCCCAAGUAUUGAGUUGCCGGUCCCUAAACACAAGCCACAACCCAUGAUUCCUCACAACCAGGGCUUCUUAGGCAGUGCCCUUACUAAUGUCUUUGUCAUUUUGGGUUUUGCAGCUUUUGCGUUCACAGUGAAGUACGUUCUGAGAAAUGUUGUGGACUGAAGCCCACAUAAUGUCAACAUUCUCAGUUUUGCAAGGAUGUAAAUGGCUUUAUUCUUCAUCCUUGAACUUCACCUCAAAACAAAAAGAAAAAAAUGGAUGAAGAAACUUGUUGUGAUGCGGCCAUUAUUGCACCAGGACUUUGUUGAUAGCUUGAUUGAUGAGGGUGAAGUUGAGAGUGCUAUAAGCAGAAAUAAUUUCCAUUUUGUUUGUAUUUCUGCCUCUUCUGGCAUUUUACACUGUUACAGUUGUUUAAACAUACAGAUUACAGAUAUGUUAUUUACUUCUGACAUAAUCAUCAUUAUCAUCAUCAUCAUCAGUUAGUUUAUAAAGCAUGACACCCUUGCCAAAGCCAGGGACUGAUCUUUACAAUAAACCAAAAAAAGUCAAUUAAAGAGACAAAAUGUCCCAUAAAGCAACCAGAAACCAAACCUAAGGCUCAUAAAGGUAAUGACAGCACUUGGACACACAGACACAUGAGCAUUUGUACAGAUUUCUCCAUAUUAUGUUACAUGCACUGUCAUAUAACUAUGCAACACUACUAAAUUGUUGUCCCUGUCAGUAGUAUAAACUUAGUCACAAACAUCCCUCAUCACAGUAAAUGUAGAAGAAUGACUUCGUACACUUCAAUGGAAGGGUGAGAAAUGUCAUGAUGAUGCAGUCUUACAUCUGUUUUGACCACAAUGAUACACACUUACAGGACAGUAAUCUUGAUUUCAUAGAGGGUUUUUUAGAAUCAUGAAAACUGCCCUAUUUUAUAAAUUAUUCUGCAAAUCAUUUGGCAUAUUAUUAUUAUUUACUGGCAUUGCGAGGAUGUGCUUUUUUCCACUGCUUCCUAUUUAAUCUGUCGAAGCUGACAUUAGCUUAGAUCAUAGAGAUCUUCCACUUGUUUUAGGAUUUUUGAGAAGGGUUAGCAUCCAUUGAGUCAAUAGGGCGAUGAGAAUUGCCCACCAAUAUGGUGCCCUGCAAUCUGGUGUUCUACGUUAAGAGUGCCUACCAGGAAACUUGGUCCAUGUUCAUUAUGUCAGUAAGAGAGGGGCCAAGCACUAAAACUACCCAGUCUCGGUGUCUUAUGAAGUAAAAGUAUACGGUUAAAAAGAGGCCUACAGACGGUGGAGAAAAAAAAUGAAAUGGAUAUAUUAGCUCUAAAUUUGAUCUGUGGGAAAGAUAAUCUGCAUCGCCAAAACUUAUUAAAUAUUGUAAUUUAUAAGAUAAGUUUCUUUACUAUAUUAGCACUUUCAUAGUGUGUGAAAAAGAGAUAGCUCAAGGACAGUUUGUAGUCUUUUCAGUUCUUGCUGAUAUUUGACUAAAUGCUUUAAAUGGAGCAAUGUUAGCAAAAGUGGACUUUGUACAUUUUUGUUUAGUAAGAGAUGAAUGCAUGAGCUGUGUGCAUGACUGCAUUUGAAUGUGUGAGGAAUAACGAUAAAAGUUACUACAUUUAGCCUGUAUUGUUAAACUUUUUUUUUUUAUCUUGGAUUGUUCAGGAGAUGCUAACGGGGAAAAAAUAUAUGUUGCAUUCAUGAAUUUAUUUGCUAUUGAGAUCUUGUGUUGAAAAAAAAUAAAGCCUUCAAAAGCUGUCCCCCAACACCCCUUCCUAAAAAAUAAUGUGGUGGCUUUUUCUCCUUUUUGGCAUAUUUUCCCUAAAAUGAAGCAGUUCAACCUUCACACUUUUUAGUUUUGCCACCAUGUAUUUGAGAAUUAGGUGUGAUGGAAAUUCUUUAUCUUUGGUUGACUUUUUCAUCUAUGAUUAUAUUAUGUUUUAUGAUAUGCAAUAAAUGGGGAGGUUGUGAAAUGACCUUUGUGGUGUCUGCUCUUUGGUGUCACAAAUGCUCAUGGCAAAGUUUUCACGCCCAGGUGAAAAGAGUCUUCACUUUACUAGACUAUGUGAGACCAGCUGGACUUUGAGAUAAAACUGUUUAUGAUUCUG